GGGGUUGCUUUGUGGCUGUCAACUUGCCUGAGGUCUGAGUUGUUAGCCACGGUGUGUGUGGUAGCAGCUACGACUACCGCGGAGAAAUGAGGCAGAAGCGGAAAGGAGAUUCUCAGCCCUGCUGAGCUAAUGAUGCUGACCAUAGGAGAUGUUAUUAAACAACUAAUUGAAGCCCACGAACAGGGAAAGACAUCGAUUUUAAUAAGGUGAAACCAGGACAGCUGCUAAAUAUGGCCUUUCAGCACAGCCCCGCCUGGUGGAUAUCAUUGCUGCAGUCCCCACCUCAGUAUCGAAAGGUUUUGGUCCCCAAGUUAAAGGCAAAACCCAUCAGAACUGCCAGUGGGAUUGCUGUUGUGGCUGUGAUGUGCAAACCCCACAGAUGCCCACACAUCAGUUUUACAGGAAAUAUAUGUGUAUACUGCCCUGGUGGACCUGAUUCAGAUUUUGAAUAUUCAACCCAGUCUUAUACUGGAUAUGAGCCAACCUCCAUGCGAGCUAUCCGUGCUAGAUAUGACCCUUAUCUACAGACAAGACACCGAAUAGAACAGUUAAAACAACUUGGUCACAGUGUGGAUAAAGUGGAGUUUAUUGUGAUGGGUGGAACGUUUAUGGCCCUUCCAGAAGAAUACAGAGAUUAUUUUAUUCGAAAUUUACACGAUGCCUUAUCAGGACAUACCUCCAACAAUAUUUACGAGGCAGUCAAGUAUUCUGAGAGAAGCCUCACAAAGUGUAUCGGUAUUACUAUUGAGACCAGACCAGAUUACUGUAUGAAGCGGCAUUUAGGUGACAUGCUGACCUAUGGCUGCACAAGGCUAGAGAUUGGGGUACAGAGUGUCUAUGAAGAUGUGGCCAGAGAUACCAACAGGGGCCACACUGUGAAGGCAGUCUGCGAGUCAUUCACCUGGCCAAGGAUUCUUGGUUUCAAAGUCGUGGCUCAUAUGAUGCCUGAUCUGCCAAAUGUGGGACUAGAGAGGGACAUUGAACAGUUUACAGAGUUUUUUGAGAACCCUGCUUUUCGUCCUGAUGGUUUGAAACUCUACCCUACCCUGGUGAUUCGUGGAACUGGGCUUUAUGAGCUCUGGAAAUCAGGAAGAUAUAAAAGUUAUUCUCCUAGUGACCUGAUCGAAUUGGUGGCUCGGAUCCUUGCUCUUGUGCCUCCAUGGACUCGAGUGUACCGAGUGCAGAGAGAUAUUCCAAUGCCCUUAGUCAGCUCAGGAGUAGAGCAUGGUAAUUUGAGAGAGCUGGCAUUUGCAAGAAUGAAAGACCUUGGAAUACAGUGUCGAGACGUGAGAACCAGAGAGGUUGGAAUCCAAGAAAUUCAUCACAAAGUACGGCCAUACCAGGUUGAAUUGGUAAGGAGAGAUUAUGUUGCGAAUGGUGGCUGGGAAACAUUCUUAUCAUAUGAAGACCCAGAUCAAGACAUUCUGAUUGGCCUCCUGAGAUUACGAAAAUGUUCGGAAGAAACCUUCCGUUUUGAAUUGGUUGGAGGUGUUUCCAUAGUUCGAGAGCUGCAUGUGUAUGGAAGUGUAGUCCCUGUGAGCAGUCGAGAUCCUACUAAAUUUCAGCAUCAGGGAUUUGGCAUGCUUCUGAUGGAGGAGGCAGAAAGAAUAGCUAGAGAAGAACACGGAUCUGGGAAAAUAGCUGUUAUAUCAGGGGUCGGCACCAGGAAUUAUUACAGAAAGAUUGGCUACAGACUACAAGGGCCGUACAUGGUAAAGACGCUGAAAUAAUGGCCACACCGGCCCACCUUGAUGCAGUGUCCUCCCUGGCAGAAAAUAAAGAUUCAAGAUACCUUGACUACUCAGCAGAGAGGCCGAGCAAAACAAAUGGACCUACCCUGCCUCCCUGGCAAGGAGCUUCACCCUCAUCCUGCAGCUGCAGAGACUGGAAACUGCGUUCAGGGCCAGGCCAGGUGCCUGCCGACCAAGCCCACCAAGCCCCUGGUGCCCAGAGCUGCUGCGUGUUCUUGAGUCAUGUAUCCAGUUUCUAAAGUCUGCAUGAAGCCUGCAGUUGAUCUACCAUGACUCAUGCACAGUGACGAAAGCAAAUUAAUCAACUCAUUUGGACACCAUAAUUCAUGAAGUAAAGCUAGCUAUUGUCAUUUGAGGAGUAAACUUGGGAGUAGGUUAUUUAUAUACUGUAGGGACAAAAAGGCUGGAACAUGAAAACUGUUAGGCUUUGAUCUCUGGCCUUUAUAUACAUUCCGGCACAAGAAAAUGAGCUCUUGUUUUAAUGGAAAUAAGUCUGAUUCCCAUGCUGAUGUUUGAAAUAACAGUGUGAUGAGGAGAGAGGAAUUGAAGUUGUAGGUUUGUGUGUGAAGCUUGAAACCAGCCUUUCUCAUGUGGGGGUCUCCCAUCUACUCUGGGCCCUUACAAAAACCCUUUAUUUUGCACUUUUUCUUGUCUGUGCUCCCCCUACUCUAGACAACUGCAGAACAGCGUGGGCAGCAGCAUUUGGUUUCCCCUCUUGUGUGUCCUGAGCAGGCAGAGUCUGACAUGCACAUGCCUGAGCUUGUGUGGCCCUAAGUCAAGGUUCGCUUCCACAGAAGCAGUUUCCUGCAUUAUGAUUCUUUAAGAGGGACUUUGGCUUGUUUUAAAUGAAAAAAGAUAAGAGUUCAACUCCUAUCAAAGCAAAAAAGUGGAAAAUCCACUUUCUGCAUUUGGCCCAAAUCCAAAAAUAGGAAAAAGAUUGGCUUUUUCAAAGGUUUGUAUUCAGGAACUCCUCUUUGUAACUUCCAGGUAAUCUGCAGAAGAGACUCAGCCUGGAGAGGGCCAGUUCUUAAGAGCAUGGCUUAAACCUGUGCCCCCUGGCUUCUGUGGCAUUUUACAAAGGUUUAUUAAAUGGAAUUGAUUCCCCUGAAAAAUAAAAUCUUCAACAUAUAGAGAAGACUCAUGUAAGGUUUUUUCCCCUCUCCCUGUUACACAUGUAGUGACAUUUGCUAUGAAUUUGCCGGUUUGGGUUUCCAAUCUGCGAUGCUAUUUAUUUCCUCCUUCGUGCUGUUUGCCUUUUCAUCCCACUGCCACAGGGCAGAUGACACUGGCUCUCUUGGGGGCUUGUGGAGCUACAGAGGCUUUCCGGGAGUGUAGUCUAGGGGAUUUAGCUACUUCUCAAUUAUCCUUGUUUCUCCUUUAAAAACAAAACUAUCAAACUAACAGCACAUGCGCCACACUAGCUGUUAGCACACACCACUGGGGAUGACAGAAUGGAGAGCGUGCUGACCCAGGCUCGCCUCUGUCCGCAGUGUGACCCUGGCUUACACAAGAGUUUCUGGGCCUCCAUUUUCUCAUCCUCAAGGUCCUAUUUACCUAAAUGGAUCAAAAUGUGUAAUGUACAAACAGAUCCUUUGUAAAAAUGUAAACUUAUUCUAAAAUGAUAAUUUAGAGCAAGAUUUUAAAACAAAUUGCCUAGGAGCUUGCCCGUUUCCGAAAGUGGAUAUCAGCCAAUGUUCCAUCUGGAUUUUCAUCUCGGGGCUCGGAAGAAUACCUCUUUCCAGCACGUCCUCAGCCACCUUCAGAAUGAGUCUCCUAAGUUGUGUGAAAGCUGCAGAACUUUCAAAUCUGCACAGGGAGCGUUGGGGUGGCAGUUGGGGGCUCCUGCAAAACUCCUGCAGCCUCUCUGCCACUAGAAACUU